CCGUCUUCCAGAAAAAAGAUGGGCUUUUGCGGGGAGCGAGAGAGGCAAAGUCCCUGCCCGGCGCCCGCUCUGCCUCGCAAAGUCCGGCGGCUUGGCGACUUGCACGCCAGAGACAGACGCCCGACAAUCUUCUGCUAAUCAUUUCAUAGCCAAUAUCCACAACAUGUUCCUCUCUCGUGCAGCCAAGCGGGCCUGCUGUCUGGACUCGCGCCUCCUGCCGCCGACCUUCCUUCUCCCCUUCACCGCGCAAUUGAGCAGCGUCUCACACACGACCGACGCAUCAAACACUCCCGAAGUGCUGCUCAACUCGUCCGCCGCAAAAGUCGACGCUCCUCCCAAGUCGACAUCUGCCACAUGUGCUCCUCUCUCGGCCAGCCAUGCCCCGGCCUCAGCACCAAAGCUCCCCACACCGUCUCAAUCGCCUCCGGCCUUGAGCGAUUCUGUUCGGGAACUAUUGCCUGUACUCCGCGCCCAAGGUCCUCACUACAUUACCGCACACAUCUAUGAUCGCCCUUACCUCCUCACCGAAGGCGACACUCUGCGCCUACCUUUCCUCAUGCAUGGAGUCCAGCCCGGCGACGUCUUGCGCCUGACCCACGCCUCAUCAUUCGGUUCACGAGACUUGACCCUCAAGGCCGGUGAGCAGCCUGCCAACUCUCGCUCGCCCACCGCAUCUACCAUCUCUGUUGUCGACCCCACACCUGGCAGCGUCUUGACUAGCGAAGGCAGAAAAAUGCCCGAGGGAGGCCAUUUUGUGCCGCAUCUGGCCAAGGGCAAGCACAUCUACAUUGACGACAGGCUGUUUGUGUGCAGAGCCACCGUCAUGGGCACCGAAGCUGAGCCUAUGCGUAUCAAGGAGAAGACAAAGCGUAGACAAAGAAGAGUCAAGACCGUCAAGAGCAAGCAUCGAUUCACCAUCCUCAAGAUCAAGGAGCUCAGGAUAAAGGGUCUUGAUGAGGUUGAGAGCGGUGUUGAUGCUUAGACUCCUGGACCGCCUUUGAGGCUUUCUGAUUACGAAUGCUGGACGUUUAGCCGAUAUCGAGAAGGAUGUAUCAGUCGGGAAAAUGCUGACGGUCAGGUCAUGUAUACCAUUUUCAAAGUUUUGUACAAAAUAUAUUCUCAUUCAUACCCUUUGGCCUCUGUCAUUUUCUCGGCUACCGUCGUUGAGUAGUGAUUUGAUGUACGCUCC